GAGUAUGGGUGAGCGGCUGUACAGUAUAAACGAGUUCCUGCUGGCAGGGUUCGAGGAUGAACCCUCAGAGGAAUCAGAAGAGGACCAGAACCCUACUCUUCUCACCCAGCACUCUACCAGCACUAUAGCACCCUUGAGAUCAGACACCGAGAGUAACCACACUACUUGCCCCAACUUCUACAACAGCACGUACUCCAUAAACUCCAAUGCGUUCUCGAUCCAAUCCAACAACACGCACUCGAGGCACUCCAGUUCGCACUCCAUCCCCAGACUGUCCUUCCAGAGUGCACAGUCAGGAGCUGACAGCGAUAGCAUGUACACUGAGGAUGAUUCCAGUAUUGAUGGCAGUUGUACCUUUCUUGAGUUCCUCAAAGAAUGUGAUGGCCCCGCUCAGUUUCAGAAUAAGAAGGAUGAUUUCAACGAUUUUCUCUAUCAGCCAGUUCGUCGCAGUUCCCGGCAAUCCAUCCUGACAACAGGAUUUAACCAGGAGCUCACAGGAUUUAACCAGGAGCUGACUCUUCUGGAGUUCCUCACUGAACCGGAGAUCAUGUACCAAGACAUCAUGUUCAGCGAAACAGCCUCCAAUAGCCGCUGCUCCGACGCCAAUUGCUCCGACACCACCUCUGAACAGUUUGAUAUGAUCAGUUUACACGAGUUUUUGUCCGAAUCAUCUUCGCUGGAAAACGCCACCUCGUCUCCGGACCAGGUGAUGUCCUCCUCACGGACCAGCUCCGUCAACUCAGAGACUGUGACGGAGAAAAAGAGGAUCCAAACCCCUAGCACAAGAUCGUCUUCAGAUGCUUCCCUCGCUUCAGAUAGAUCUAUUACCGGCAUCAAGAAGGGCUCGAGAGAGUCCGGCAUUAAGUGCUCAAGAGACAACCACUUUCGGUCUUCUAAACGAGGACUGAAAGACUCUAAAAACAAGCCCUCAAAACUCGAAACAAUAGUUAGUCCUAGCACGGAAGAGGACUCUGGCGACAUGUUCAGUUUUUACGAGUUGUUAGCCCGCCCUGAGUUGAUAGACGACAUGAAACCACCCGUUACAAAUACUUUUACCAGUUCCGGUAUAUUAGAUAACAUUAUUCGCCCUCUUAUGUCACCAAAACCUAAGCCAUUAAAACCCAGGAAACGUUUAUCAUCAAGUUGCAAGAGUUUAGAUUCAAACGGGAGGGGGGAAAUGAGGAUGAAGACUGACAAAUCAUCCUCGAUUUGCAGCAGCGAAUCCCUUAACCAUGCCACCUCAGAAACUAGUUUAGAAAGUAGCUCUGUUGACGACCACCCUACCGCUCCCAACCAUUGUUCGUUGUUAGAAUUCCUGCUUGAACCACCUCCUCCCAGCUACCUCGCCCCUUCUUCUGAUCUUACCAGAACUUCGUCUUUCCUUUCCCUUCAGAGCGUUGCCAAAGAUUACAAGGACUACAAUGAUUUCAAUGAUUACAAUGAUCUGUUCUCCAAUCAACCGUUUUCUCAGAAUUUUGGCAAAAAGCCCAUUUAUGGCACGAAGCAGUUAUAUCGAAGUAGAGCUAAAUCAGAUGAAGAUUUGAUGCAGGAGUGUUCUCUUGCGGAGUUUCUUUCGACACCACAUCUCAAUCUAGCUCCUAAGAAGCAAUCUAUCGGAUCGGGUAUUUUUGGUGGUUUUAGUCUCGCCAAAUCCCUUAGACAGUUAUCGUUGGGGUCUGUGUCCCUGGAAAAGUCUUUUACAGUGAGCGAGAUUCUUGCACUUCGAAGGGGGAGUAUCCUAGACGACUUGUUGGGUGGUGAGAUGAACAGUCCUGAUAAAGCUGGUCUCCUCAAGAAACAAGGCAACAGCCGACUCAGGGACUGGAAGUCCAGAUACUGCGCCGUUAAGGACGGCACGUUCUGCUACUACGAGAGCUACGAAGCGUACUGUAUAGCCACUCCCAUAAACUCUAUCUACUGUGGGACCCUCAAAGCUCAGAUCUCGGACAGGGCCCGGUUCAAGUUCGAAGUCAUUGUGCCGAACAGAACAUAUUACUUUAUGGCACAGACCGAAUCAGAGAUGAUGUCGUGGAUAGAGUCGCUAAAUAAGGCGGUGGCUGCUGCUUUGACAGAUCUCAAGUCCAGUGGCUCCACAGCUAAGGAGCUGAUUCAGAGGAUUUACGAGGAGCCUAGUAAUGCUUUCUGCGCUGACUGUAAUUCUCCCGAUCCUAAGUGGGCAAGUAUAAACCUCGGUGUGGUCGUCUGUAUAAAGUGUAGUGGAAGUCAUCGCGACCUCGGAGUUCACAUCAGCAAGGUGAGAUCACUGGAGCUGGACGUGAAAGCCUGGACCGAUGACAUGGUGUCCGUUUUCCAUAGGAUCGGUAACCGCCGUGCUAACGAGUACUUUGAGAAGACGUUGGAUCCUACCGUCUACGAUCGCCCUGCACCAGAUUCUGACAUGAAAGUUAGGGAAGCGUUUAUAGAGGAGAAGUACACGAGAGGCUGCUGGAGUGACGUCAUAACGUCCCCUGUAGAGGAACUCAAUCUGGAGCUCAUGGAGGUGGUACAGACAGAUCAAUUAGACCGGACCCUGGCCCUUCUCAUGAGUGGUGCUGACGUUAAGUUUAUCGACGAAACGCUCGAUCAUUCCAGGCGAACGCCAUAUUUGAUGGCCCUGGCCAGUGGGCAGAAAGCACAAGCACAGCUGCUUCUACUGAAUGACGCCGACCCUGUGCUUCCUCAAGAAAACAACGAACCUGCAGAUUCGGACGUUCCAGUGGACUUAGAGGGUAUUCUGGAGAAAAAGGGACCAAACGCCAUACAAUCCUACAAAAAACGGAAAUGCGUGCUAAGCGGGAAGGUCCUGAAGUACUACGACGACCACGACAGCUUCAAAAACGAGAUAGACAUGCACAAGCUAGUGGAGGUGGAGCUGGCGGAGGCCGAACAACCUGAUGAUGACCGGAACUCAGACGACUAUUUCUACCUCCGGAUUAGGACUGAUACUCGGACCUUCCUCUUCCGGGAAAAGGACCGGAGUUAUGUGUCCCUCUGGUACGACGCUCUCAAAGCUACACAGAUAUUCGGAGUACCUAUUGACAAACAACCGAAAACUCAAAACGGUAUCCCCGUCCUCGUCCACAAGUGUGUUAUUUUCCUGGAAAACAAGAUCGACACGGAGGGGUUAUAUCGGAUAUCCGGGGUUAAAACCAGGAUAGAGAAACUCAGACUACUGUUCAAUCAGAAUUUACACGAGGUGACCCUGUCAGACGAGCACCACGUGACCCAUGACGUCACCAGCAUGAUGAAGCAGUACUUCAGGGAACUGCCUGUCUCAUUACUGGGUCCGUGGAACCAGCAGCUCACUGAGGCUGUCGAGAUUGAUGAUGAAACCGAGAGGCUUUAUCAGAUACAGGAUCUGAUAUACGAGCUACCGGCUACAGAAUUCCACACUCUAAAGUUCGUUUUACAGCACCUUUACUCAGUGGCACAGCAACAGUCAGUCAACAAGAUGGGCAGUGAGAAUCUAGGAGUGAUAUUUGGUCCGACUCUGAUGAGUACACACGAGGUUGGCAGCGAGUUUAACCCCCACGAGUACCAGCUUGUUACCACUCUCAUCGACUACUUCCCCUGGAUAUUCCAGGUGAACGUAGAACUAGAAGAGAGUAAAGGAAAAGAGCUGAAACUAGCAGAAGCAGAGCUCCGCAAGAUAAUGUCCAACAUAGACGCACCCCAGGGUAGCGUGGAGAACAGCUGGAUUGUAGAGGUGUUCCACAACCAGAACAGUGUCAAUAUCAAGAUAGAGUCCGGCCAGACUCUGCGGGAUGUCUCCGCGGAGAUCUUGUAUCGAGCUAAACUGGCUGAUGGAGAUUAUGCUCUGCAUGAGUUCCUCUGUAAUGGGCAGCUUCAGCGUCCAGUGCAUCUGUCGGAGUACCUGUUGAACACAACAGUAACUCUUUGGGAGGAGCGAGUACAGAGGUCCUGGCUUGCUAUCGACUAUAAUAACAUUAAGGAGAAACUAAAGAUAUACGAGCCUCCACCUCAUGAUUCUACUGAACAAGGUUCCCUCCACAUGUACGAAGCAAAGAAGAAAUGGCGGGAAGUUCAGUGCAAGCUGAGCCAGGAUAACUUCACUUACUCUAAACUAAAAGUUAAGACUAAUCUGAAUCUGCUGAACUACACGUGGUACCUCGGCUGUGAGACUAACUUGUCACCUCCAACUCACCACUGCUUCACUCUACGAUGCGUCAGUCCAACCAGAGAUCACAAAGAUGAUAUCUUCAAAGUUUUCUGUGCGGCAGAUGAGGCGGAAAUGUGGCGGUGGUUAUACCGAAUCAACUACGUCAAGUUCAAAGAACCAGACUACAGACUAGUUCGAAGCAAACGAGCCACGCUCCAAAAUCCAAAUAACCGAAACAGCUUCAUUCUGCUCGACAGCAGGCUGCCCACGUAGCUCCUCCAGCCUCACAAGUAGAUAUAGUACACAGAUCAUAACUAGUUCGUAACCAUGGCAACGUAGCUCCAGAUAAUUCGCCUAGUUACGGUUUAUCCGUCACCAUGGUUACGCUAUCCUGGAGGAUGUUUUCAGAUACAGUAGUUGUAAAUACCGUUCAUAUCGGAUCUAAUAAGUUGAUGUUGUUAGGUAUACCAAAACUGAUAAUUGUCUUAUGUGGACAGCGCGUUUAAUUGACAAUUAAUUAAUUGGUUAAUUGUGAUGGUUCCAGCGUGGUUUACUCUAAUAGUAUCAGUAGUCUGAUUGUGAUGAUACCUUCAUUUUAUGUAAUACUUUCUUAAUGUCAAUUAUCUGAUUCCUCAUUCUGAUUAUGUAUACAGUGUGUGAAGAUUGGUGAUGAUUACCACCUGCAUAUGUCACGUGUUUUAUAACACGUACGUGGUAUAGAACACGUGUUAUUAUGUCACGUGUUAAACUUAUUGUCAUGUAUUUUACGAGGUUUUCAUUUCGGGGAUUGAGCGUUUCGGGGUGGAAUCAUGUACGCAGUGGAUGGGGGCCGUCAUUAUGUUGAAUCUGACAAAAUAUCAACUUGUGAUAUAGUAUUUAAUUAUAAAUCAUGUAAUCUGAAUUGUCAAUUAUUUACUUUUUGUUACUUGCAUUAAAUCAAUAGUGUAACGUGCAUUCAUUGCUCAAUGUUAACGUAAUUUCCUAAACAGAGGAAAUGAUCGAACUGGUAUUACCUCAAAGCGUUGUUGUAACAGAUACAGCUUUUGAGUUUAAGCAUUUCAAACUUUAGUAACAGAGAAUGAGGGCCCACUGGUAGCAGCAUAAGUGUAAAGGUUAAAGAUCUGUUUUGAUUUUGAUACUAUAUAUACUUUUAUUGUGAUUCUUUUAAAAGUUAUAUGAAAUGUUUUGAUUUUGUAAUGUUUUUUAUAACCUCGAAUUUGUUUUUACUUUUCAACUCA